UUGUUUACACAGUAUAAAACGGGAAUAUAAAAUGACAGUUGAAAUAUGCUACAUGAUGCUGUUAGAUUCAUAUUUUUAGGUUUAUUGAUUCACGUCCCUCUGAUAUGGUCUCGAUAACCAGAUGCGAUGAAAGUGAAAUCACAGAAAUGAAUGAUACUGUAAGAAGAAUUGUCCAUGAAGCGAAUAUCGUUAAUACGUUUGGUAAAAGAUGGCCAGAUUUGCCAGAUUUCAUAGACAUAAAAUUUGGACUUCCUUAUUGCACCUACGAUUACAAUGCAAGCGUUUUUGGUGAAUUUUUUCAUUGUGAAAGAGACGACAAAAUCAUACCAGAAUCGAUGAUUUGUAUUUAUGCCCUAGAUGCCAGCGGUUACCUGACUGGAUGUAGAUCUGGAGACCAUUUACAAAAUUGUGAAAAAAUCAUUUGUCCUGAAAAUACAGUGAAAUGUCCUGGAAGUUACUGUAUCGAGCAGAGAUUUCUAUGUGAUGGGCAUAUCGAAUGCCCUGGAGGAGAAGACGAACAAGAUUGUA